UGCACCGCCAUCUUGAAUUAACCGUUAGGAUUUUAUUGGCGUGGUUUUAAUUUUAAGUUUGUAUUGUUUUGUAUAUUUUUUAUAAAUCGUAUGGGAUAAUGGACUGGUCGCUCAUCAUAUCGAUCCUUAUCAAUUGUCUAUAUGCAUACGCGCUGGACGAGGAUUGUCCCACGUUGGCCGAUGGGGAUAGUAUGUCGCAGACUCAAUUACUGGACCGUUUAACCCAUGGCUGCCGAUACGACCGAUUGGAACGACCCAUUACCUAUUCGGAAUCCGGUCAGAGAUUACCUGUGGACGUCUACAUGCGCGCCUAUAUCUACUUCAUGCAAAAUCUUGAGGCACACGAUCUGCAGUUUAAGAUCUAUGCCCUCCUGCAAAUGCGAUAUCUUGAUCCGCGUCUGAAUUUCCGGAACGUAAGUCCCAAGAGAAGACAACCGAUUUUGGGGGAACAACAGCUGAGGGACUCCCUCUGGAUGCCCCACAUAUUUCUGGCCAACGAGCGGGAUUCCAGUAUUUUGGGUCUCACGGAGAAGGACAUCCUCACCUCGAUUUCCCCCGAUGGCACCGUGAUCGUCUCGAACCGAAUUAAAGCCACACUCUACUGCUGGCUCAACCUGAAGAAAUUCCCAUUCGACGAGCAGCACUGCUCCACGGUUCUCGAGAGCUGGAUGUACAAUACCUCGGAACUGGUGCUCCACUGGGAGCAGAAGCGUCCGAUAACCUACGAUGGAGCAUUGCAUCUCACCGAAUUUGUGCUGCAGCGAUCCUGGUCGAAUGAGACGGUGAUCAAUGCCGACUUGAGUGACCUGCGACACGGAGCCUUUGCCGGGAACUACAGCUCCCUCAGCUUCACCGUUCAUCUGACUCGCGUGGUGGGCUUCUAUUUGAUGGACUACUUCCUGCCCUCCAUGCUGAUUGUGGCCAUUUCCUGGGUAUCCUUCUGGCUGCAGGCGGACCAGGCUCCGCCGAGAAUCACGCUGGGCACCAGCACUCUGCUGACCUUUAUAACCCUGGCCUCGGCUCAGGGCAAAACGCUGCCGAAAGUGAGCUAUAUCAAGGUGUCGGAGGUUUGGUUUUUGGGCUGCACCAUCUUCAUAUUUGGCAGCAUGGUGGAGUUUGCCUUUGUGAACACGAUUUGGCGGCGGAAGAAGAGUGUGCCUGUCAAGAAACUGAAUAGUAAACACAUCCUGAAGUCCACCCUAUCACCGAACCUGCUGAGGCGUCGCAGUCACGCCAGAUCUAAAUCGUUUUCGGGAACUGCUCUGCAAAAGGCCGCCGACACUGGCUCCCUGGGCGGUGCUAGCUUUAAUAACUACCUAACCGUCAAUCUGCCAAUCACCACAAUUAAGGAGGGACAAGUUCUGGAUCAGCAGAGAACCAGGGGAGAAAUUCAGAAGAUGGAUGUUAACUUCGUGGAGAGUGCCUUUGGCUCAAUGGGAACAGCCGGGUCCACGGGAGCCAUAAGUGCAGCAACCAGCACUCAGACUUUGACCAACAAUAAUCGACCCGAAAGCGGAUCGCACCAGGAGGAGAUCGACCUGAGUGGCUGGACCACACUAACGCCACAGGAAAUCGCCAUGUGGAUAGAUAGCCGGGCUAGAUUCGUAUUCCCCCUGUCCUUCCUGGCCUUUAACUUGAUUUUCUGGACCUUUGUCUACUGUAUUUAAAUUGCGUCGUUCUGGAUAUGAGCCAUUUAAUUUUAAAAUUCAUAAUAUUUAGUUUGUGUAUUUGUGGCUUUAUAAGCCGUAUUUCAUGAAGUCAAUCCACUUUAAGUAUUUAUAAUAUAUAGUCACCCUUUACUUUAUUAUGGAUAAUUAUUGUGAGUUUCGUUUGUUUGUCAUUUUCAAAUUUUAUUACAAAUUGAAAAAAAAU